GUAACCUGGCGGCAUUGUGCUUGUGUGCGCUCCCUUCAAGCUAUUCGGGGGGUUACCCGCGGACAAAGAACGCGUUUCACGAAUAUAUAGAAGAUUGGAGGGAGUCGUUAGCGAGUAAUGUUGUAUUAUUUGGGACGGAGUGGACUCAGCAUGCAUGUAAUCGGCAGGAAAAGACAACGCGUCCAACCGAGAUAAGUUACGCGUCCGUGUAGUAAAUGACACACAACCGAGGGGUAAAGUCUUUUUUUUAAAUUUUUUUUUAAAGGAGAAUAGUAUUUUUCCGCGGCGAGAUACUAACCCUCUCCACCAUGGAGCUGCUGGAGUGCCCGCUCUGCCGCUUCCUGAUGUGGGAGCCGGUGAGCAUGUCCUGCGGUCACACUUUCUGUCGGAGGUGUGCGGCCGCCUACCUGCCGUCUAAAUGCCCCGCGUGCAAAGAGAGGCUAAAACCGAGAGAAAUGAGGAGCAUGAAGAACAACGUUCUGCUCAUCGGGGUCAUCGAAAAGUGCUGCCCCGAGAACGCCAGGUUGACGUGCCAUCUUCAGGAGAAGCUCCGUGCCAAACAAUACCAGGAGGCUUUAUUUGCUGCCAACGACGGGAUUCAGCAAGUUCCAAACAACUUGAGUCUGAAGCUGUACAGAGCUGAAGCAAACUGUGGACUGUUAAGUUUUUCUGAUGCUCUGACCGACCUUGACUACCUCUGCUGUCUUCGGCCCAACUGGACUGAGGGCUUCUUUCGCAAAGGGAACAUACUGUUGGAGAUGGCUCAGCAGACAGAAGCCCUCAUCCAGUUUUACCGUUGCCUCAAACUUCAAGCUGACUUUGUUCCUGCUAAGAAUCAGAUCAAGAAGGUCCUGGAAGCAGAGGGCAUGACAGUGCCAGACGAUGCUUUCUGCAUCAUGCAGGUGUUGGCUGAUUACCUAAAAGCACCCUCCCCCAUCACAAGCCUUAGCAGCACCCAGGGGCCGACAUACCCUGAGGGCAAACAUCCACAUGGCGACUCUGAGGGCAACGAGAGAAGAGAAACACACCAGGGCUCCAAAGCGAAGCACGAUGGAGGCACUGAGUGUUGCCUGAGCCUCUGCCAGGCUGUUUCCUUCCUUCCUGCCACUGAAGAAGACGAGGAGAUGAUGACGAGGAAGGAAGAUGUCAAUGGAAGAGAUGCAGGUUUCCACUGCAGAGAUAAAACUCUCAGUGUACUCACUGUGUCCGACUUUGAGUGCCCGCUCUGUAUCAGGUUGUUUUAUGAACCAGUCACCACUCCCUGCGGUCACACAUUCUGUAAAAACUGCAUAGAGAGAAGUCUGGACCACAACCUGCGCUGUCCACUCUGCAAACAGCCACUACAAGAGUAUUUAAAAAAUAGAAAGUACAACUUGACAGUGGUGAUUCAGCACAUCAUGGACCGCCUCUUCUCAUCGCAGUUAGAUGAAAGGAAACAGAUCCACGAGGCUGAGAUGGCUGAAUUGUCAAACCUCACAAAGGACAUCCCUAUAUUUGUUUGCACUGUGGCCUACCCUGGCGUGCCCUGCCCGCUGCACAUUUUUGAGCCACGCUAUCGAUUGAUGAUGCGUCGCUGUAUGGAGACAGGAACGAAGAAGUUUGGCAUGUGCAGCUAUGAGCAUGGCAAAGGUUUUGCAGACUACGGCUGCAUGUUGGAGAUCCACGGCCUGGAGGUGCUGCCUGAUGGUCGCUCCUAUGUUGACAGUGUGGGUUGCAGCAGGUUCAGAGUCCUCAAGAGAGGCUUACGUGAUGGCUACCAUACUGCUGAUAUCGAGCACCUGGAGGAUAUCAAGGUUGAAGGGACUGAAUUGGAGCUUUUGCAGCAUCUCCAUGAUAGUGUCUACCAGCAGGCCCAGGACUGGUACCAACGCCUUGGAAGCCGCAUGAGAGAACAAAUCAACAGACAGUACGGCACCAUGCCCGACAUGGAUGAGAACAUACAGGCCUCAUCCAACGGUCCAGCAUGGUGCUGGUGGCUGUUGUCUGUCCUCCAGCUGGACCCUGCCUAUCAAACCACUGUCCUCUCCCUCACUUCACUCAAAGAUCGUCUGGGACACCUACGCCUCAUCCUUGAGUACUUCUCUCAGAGCUAAACAUACGAUGGCAUUGUGGUGGCAUUUAUUGACAUAAAAGGAUCACAUAUUGCACACACACAGAUACAGUAGGUUAAGUGAAGCUAAGAGCCACUGAACCCACUUAUUUUGUAUCAAUGAAUGAGUGAGGGACUGUUUUAAUAUCACAGCUCAAAUACAUAAAAUAGUUCUUGUAUUACAAAAUAUAGAGCCAUUAGUCUAACGUUUAUCAUUCAAAACACAACAAUAAACAUCAGCCACUUGCAAGGCCUGCA